GGUGUCACCCACACACCCAGAGCAGUUAAAAGAAAGUGUGUGACCCAGUCCAGCAGGAAAGGAAGCUGCUGAGGUGUGCUCAACACGGGGUUCUGGAGCUGCACUCAGACACCAUGGAGGACAAAGACUGGUCCACGGGGGACUAUUUUGUGCACAGACAGAUUCUGGAUGAGCUGGCUCUGGAUACGGUGGCCCAGAAGGGGACGGGGUCUAAAUGUAACCUGGGGGACUGGCUCAAAGAUUCUCUAAGAUGUUCCGUGUCCAGGCUGAGGGAGUGGCUGCUGCGGUGGGUGCCUGUUCUGGGCUGGCUGCCUCGGUACUCCAUCAGAGACAACGCAGUGGGAGACCUGGUCUCUGGAUGCAGUGUGGGAAUCAUGCAUCUGCCCCAGGGUUUGUUUACACACACAUGCCUGUCCUAGCCUAGCUGUGUGGUAACCUGGUGUACUUGGG